AUGGGCUGCAUGAAAUCAAAGCAAACAUUCCCUUUUCCUAACACAUUAGACAAGCUACAUGAGAGUGAAGAAACCUUUAUGCCAGAUGAUAGCUGUCAACAUAGGACCCCUUCUCCAGGUAAACCUGGAGACCAAGAGGAAGCGAAGAAACUCCCAGAGGCCAGUCCUGUGGUCCUUGAAUUUGCAGAGCGUCUGGCCAAGGAAAUCGUGCAGGAUGCCUUGCAGCAGUGGGCAUGCGAAAACAUCAAGUACUACAACAUCCCAUACAUCGAGAGUGAGGGCUCUGACACCACUAUUGGAUGA